CUUUGGACCUUGUGCAGCUACAGAUCAAAUAGGGAACAUAAUUUGGUAGUGGCACAUUUUCAACUUAAACUACAGAUACGCAUUUUAGGCCUACCCUACUUCAUUACAAAUACUGUAGAACUACCAAAAUGUCCUAAUCCAGAAUUUUUUUUUUUUGUCCGCACUCGAAUAGCGAUUCUUCUAGAGUUACGUACGCAGUAGGUAUAUGCCUAUUAGCUAUGCCGUGUUUUUAUUAUUGCUUUGAAGAAUACAAAUUCCAUAUUCUAUAUAUUAAAUAGAAGCAUGGGGCAGGCUAUGAUGGACCUUAAACAGUAUUUCAAAAGGAUUGGUUUUUCUGGAUCUUUUGAGAAACCAGACCUUGCAACUCUGAAGUUAAUACAUAAACUGCAUGUAAUGUCCAUUCCCUUUGAAAACCUCAGCAUUCACUGUGGAGAAAAGAUCGUCAUGGAUCUUGACGUAAUCUUUAACAAGAUAAUAAAUGGCAAUAGAGGGGGCUGGUGCCUUGAAAACAACUUCCUUUUUGGUUGGGUAUUGCAAGAAAUGGGCUAUAACAGCAUAACUCUUGGCUCUAAAGUUUUUAACAAUUCUCUAAAUGACUUUGAUCCUCUUGACAAUCAUCUCAUAAACAAGGUUGUAAUAGACGGGAAAGCUUAUAUUGCAGAUGUAAGUUUUGGGUUUUCUAGACAACUGUGGGAGCCCUUGGAACUUGUCUCAGGGAAAUCUCAAAGUCAGGCUGCAGGUGUUUUCUGUCUUGUCGACAAAGGGGACAUGUGGGUCUUGGAAAAAACUGGUAGAAAACCUGAAGUACUCGAUCCAGCAUUUGCCAAAUCACGCCUGGUGAACACAAAGCUAACAAAACCAAUGUACAGUUUCUCCUUGGAGCCACGAGGCCAGGAUCAUUUCACUGAGACAUGCAACAUACUUCAGACAGAUCCUACAACAAUAUUUACGAACAAAUCCAUCUGUUCACUGCAAACACCAACUGGAUUCAAAGCUCUUGUUGGCUGGAUAUUCAGCCGCGUCACAUACAGCCCUGAUAAAGGUGUUGAUGUUUAUGACAUGAAGAACGUCAGUGAUGAGGAAGUAGAGAAAAUUUUGUGUGAAGAAUUCAAUAUAAGGCUGGUCAAUAAACUGCAGCCAGUUGACAAGCCACUAAUGUACACUCUCUGAAAAAAGUGGGCCUCAGAUGACCUUUGUUUUCAUGGUUUAGAUUCAGACUAAUCAACAUUUUGUUUGACUUAAUCAAAUGAUGAAUAUUUCCUCACACUAUAGUUACACUAACUGUAAUUAAUAUUAUACACAGUUGUUAUAGUAUGUAUUAUUAUGAUUUCAUUAAUGUUAUAUAAUAUGGAUGUGGCUACAUCAUUAUUUUUAUUAGUAGUAGUAGUUGUAAAUAUUAAGUAUUGUUGUAAGUAUUGUAAUGUUAAGUUGACUGCCAUGACAGUAAUGUGUGAAAACGGACCUAAGGAUGGGAGGAGGAAAAUUAAGGCUGAAAUUAGCUUGGACACUCCACGAGUGCGAGAACAGCCAGACGGCCUCAGAUGACGCAGAGUUCCGAUGACAAGACAGAUCUCGUGUUCAUUUUAUGUGUUGCGCUGAAUAAAACAACAUAAAACUUUGGAUAUGCAUCCUCUGUUUCUCCAUAUACCAUGGAUUGACACCACGUCACCUGAGUAAAGAGCACAACGCUCACAAUAAAGUUCACACGCUUUGGCCUGACCUGUGGUGAAAAUGACUUUUAGCUCAUCACGAGUAGACAUCAAUCAUGUGUCUGUGUAGUCCAACAACCGGGCCCUUUUUAAUUUGAUUAUAAGAUUAUGUGGUGAUAUAAAGUAAAUCGAUGUGAGAUGAAAGAGGAGGGAGGGACGCUCCUGGUCAGCAUCA